AUGCUGAUGCUGCAGUGGUUGACCUGCGUGUUAAACUGGAGCAUUUCUCUCAUCUAUCUAACGAACGUGGGCAUCUCGCUACAAUCGGUUACCGUGGUGGUAAUGUUUUUUCUUGCCACUGCGGAAACUUUCCUGUAUUGUUUACUUGGGACGCGGCUUGCGACAAAACAGCAGCUGCUGGAGCACGCACUCUAUGCUACACGGUGGUACAACUACCCAAUAGCCUUUCGCAGCAGCAUUAGGAUGAUGUUGAGACAGUCGCAAAGGCAUGCACACAUAACGGUGGGGAAGUUUUUUCGCGUUAAUUUGGAAGAAUUUAGCAGGAUUGUCAACUUAUCCUACUCUGCUUACGUCGUACUUAAGGAUGUAAUAAAGAUGGAUGUACAGUGAAUGUUUUUUUUUUUGGCUUGGCAACGAAUGAAGUUUUCCGAAUCUAUAUUAGAUCUAGAAUUUAAUCUAGAUGUCAUAAUAUGAUCUUGGCCAUGACCGGUUCCUGGUUUUGGAACCAAUUCUCAAAACAAUUUUGAACUUAGGGCGAGGCAUGAAAUGUCCCAAGAACCUAUCCAAGUUCUGGAACUACAUAUUACCGAAUCUAUCCCAUUAUUGCCUCGGAACUGGUUUGGUGCUAAAUAUUUGUCCAGAUGUUGGUCCUGGACCUAUCCAGACAAAGAUCUUCAAUUAUUCCUACCACUGGAACUGAUUAAUUGAUGUAGGAAGUCAUGGAGGUGUUCAGGGAGAAUUUAAACACUAAUGUUCCAACACAUUAUUUCAAGGGCAAUUCUAUUUUUUAUAUGCCCCUACGGAUUGAUACGUAUGUAUUACUCCAUUUCCUGGACUUUGUCUUGUUCUU